AUGAUAGUUUCCAAGAACGCGGCAGUAUUGGAUAACAAAAAGGAGACUGCAAAUGAUGCCGGGGUGGAGAGGAUCAUUGCUGUUCAGAACAAUAUUGACACGAAAGCUAAAUUCACGCAAACGUGUAAAUUCUGGAACGAAGAAAAAUUAAAAAAUGUAUAUACCGAGGAAAAAGAUAAUGCGAGUCGUUCUACUCCGUCAUUAUUUUACGAUGAACACAAAAAAUGUAUGAGUUUUGUUGAAGAGCCAGCACCUCAAUGGUUGAUCGAAGAAGCCCUCAGCAGAGGGAAUGAGGUAUGCAAAGACUUGAAAUCGGCCAAUAAAGAAAUCGACUAUGAAAAUGUUAUUUUCGAUUUGAAGAAUAAACUUAACGAGACUAAAGUCGAGCUCGAAGAAGCGAUAAGAAAGAAAAAUUUCGUUAAAGAAAAAUAUAAAAGGAUCGCGGAAAAUGUACAAAUGGAAGCUUGUAAGAAGAACGAAGUGUUGCAAAAAAAGAUCAUACAAAUCUGCACUUCGGUUUUGGAAAAAUUAGGAUCAUCUUCAUUGUCGAAUAAUAAAGGAAAUGGGUCUCAAAAUAAUAAUCGUAGAUCUUCGAGAUAUUUUGGGAAAUUAUCGAAACGAUUAUAUAAAAAAUUACGAGUUGCAAUUUCAACUUCGAAAAAGCUAAAGCGUGAAUUAUCGAAAACACGAAAGGAAUUGAAAAGCAAGUCGAAUGAUUAUGAAUCAGUAAACAAAUGUUUUACAAUUUUAAAACAAGAAAUGGAAACUACCGAGACGAAUUUGAAUGAUCUAAUAAACGAGAAUGCAACUCUUCGUAAAAAAUUCGAGGAUAUGAAAGAAUGGAUGGAAUUGAAGAUUGGUAAGGAACAAAACGAAAGGAUCAGUGUCACGCAAAUGCGUGAAUUACCGAAAUACAGAGAACUAGCUAAUUUAAAGAAAAAAUCUGAAGAAGAUUGCGCAACUAUCAAACAACUUCAUAACAAAUUAUUACGAUCGGAAUCAGCAAACGCCAAUAAAGGAUUUUUACUGAACAGUUACAAAGGUCAAAUAUCGGACCUUGCCAAGGAAAAAGAUCUAUUUACGUCUAAGAUCAAAGAAUUGGAAAACGAAUUGACUGCACUUAGAACCAGCAACGCACAACUCAAAGCCAAAAUUUCUUUAAUAAACGAGGAGAAGUUAAACCUUGCUUGCAAAAUGGAAAAAUCUGAAACGGAUUUAAAACAACAGAUCGAAUCCCAGAUAAAUCGAAAGCACGAGGAAUCGAUGCAGGAGGAGAUUAAUGCUAUUAAAAUGAAAUGCGAGGACGCGAUCAAAGUUUUGAAAGAAAAAUUAAUCACUUUCGAGAAUAAAAACAUCGAAUAUUCAAAAGCCAUCAAAGAAUUUUUGAAAAAAAUUCACGAUCAUUGCGACGAACGAAAUAGUGAAAAGACGAAUUUUUAUGGGAGCGAAGAAAGCGAGAGAGAAGCACACGAGACAGCUUGUAAUAUUUUGAACAUGACACCCGAAGAAUUGACAAACUUUAUGAAUGGAAAACCUAACACGGUCAACAACACUUGGCUAACAGAUUUGAACAAGAUCACGUCGAAGAACAAUUUCUCAGAUGGUUUGGCUAAAUUUCUAUUCAAAACAACGCUCGACAAAAUUUAUACAUCAGCUUGAAAAAAAAAAAAAGAAAGAAA